AAUAACGGUCCAACUCAGCAUCCGGGAUAUCUCGCGUGCCAUAAAUUGUCUGGAUGUGAGAGGUAGGAGAAACGCGACAGUAUAACACUUGGGUCAGAGGGCAUCAACAAAUAGGGUGUAGCAAUAGAGGGUGAAUAAUAAUAGUUUAACAAUAAAGCUAAAAUAAAAAAAAAAAAACAAAACCAAACAACAUAUGAGUAAAAAGAAACCUCACAUUGGAUAAAAUAUAAUAAUGCUUGGAGAGAAGCCAGACUGAGAGAGCAUCAAUCGGUUAGUCGACGCUUGACGCCGGUGAAAUGUGGGACAUUGUCACCCUUCUCAGCCCCAAGAAAACAAGAGUACGAUCAUGAUGCGUGGAUUAAUAUUUGGCACAAUUUAUUGUGCACUUUGGUAUGGCAGUAUAUUGGCUGGUUUUUUUUUUAUUGCUUGUCCAAUAUUGCCACUUUUACUUAUAAGUCCACCAAAAUUUCGUAAAUGUGGAGACAUGUUAUUUGCAUGCUGGGAACUUUAUCCAACUGCACUGUUGGAUUUAUUUGGUGUAAGGAUCAAAGUAUCAGGUGAUCAUAUAUCACCAAACGAUUCAGCAAUACUUGUUAUGAAUCAUCGAACUAGAGUUGAUUGGAAUUUUUUAUGGGCAGCAAUGUUUCAAGCAUGUUGGCCAAAUAUUGUUGCUCAUAAAUUGAAAUUUAUACUUAAAGAUCCAAUACGACAUAUACCUGGACCAGGAUGGAUAAUGCAAAUGAAUGGUUUUCUUUAUAUAACAAGACGUUGGGAAGUUGAUAAAGAACGUUUAUCUAAAACAUUAAAUUAUUUAAUUGCAUUAAAUAAAAAACCACAGCUAUUAAUAUUUCCAGAAGGUACUGAUUUAACUAAAACAAGUAAAAUUAAAUCUGAUAAUUAUGCUAGAAAAAAUAAUUUAUCAUUGUAUGAUUAUACAUUACAUCCAAAAACAACUGGUUUUAGUUAUUUAGUACGUCAUUUACAAAAUGCAAAUUUUCUUGAUGCUGUUUAUGAUUUAACAAUAGCAUAUCCAGAUAAUAUACCACAAUCAGAAGUUGAUUUAGUUAAAGGUAAACUUCCAAAAGAAGUACAUUUUCAUAUUGAAAGAAUUGAAUCAUCAGAUAUUCCAAAGGAUGAAGAUGAGCUACGUUUAUGGCUUGAAGAUAAAUGGAAAAAUAAAGAAGAUGUAUUAAAAAAAUUUUCAAAUGAAAAAACAUUUGGAACUGAUGUUGAAUGUUGGCCAAUGCCAAAUAAAUUAUGUCUUAUAUUUGCACUUAUUUUUUGGACAAUUUUAACAUUGACAAAUGUUGCUAUGCUUAUUGUAUCAUCUUGGUUUCAAAUUUGGGCAAUUUUUCAUGUUUUAUUAUUUGUUGCUUUGUCAAUAUUUACAACUGGUUUUAAUCAAGUUGAAAUGGGCUGGUACUGGAAGUGGACUAAUUUAUUUUCAUUAAAUUCAACGAAAAAAAAAACAUUUUAGAUAAAUUAAUUUUUAAUAUAAAAUGAAUUUUUUUUAAAAUUUAUUUUUAUUAUAUGUAUGUACUAUAAUCUAAUAUUUGUUUUGAGAUGAAAUUUGUAUUUUUUUUUUGGUCUUUUAAUUUUUAAAUAUCCAGAGCUCAAUUUGUCUUUGCUCCAUUUAAUUUAUUUAAUAAAGUAGUACUGUGAUAUUGAUGUAAAUAGUAUUUAGUGAUAUAUACAAUAAUUAGGAAUAUCAAAAGAAAAUUAUCUCCUACUUUUGUGUAUUAAAAUUUUUAAAAUGUGAUGUUAAUUAUCAUGAGUGAAUUAUCAAAUUCACAUUAUACACUCCACUGAAAAAAUAAGUAUAUUUUUUCAAUGUAAAAAAAAAAUUUAUUUUCCAAAUUUUAAAUGGAAAAAGAAAAAUUUUAAAAAAUUAAAUAUAAUUUUAACAUGUAAUUUUAAAUACUUAGAAAAGCUAGUUGAAAAAAAAGAAAAAAAAAACGAGUUAAAUAGUUUGUGUUUGAAAAAUAAUUAUCUAUUUUUCUUCAUUCAUAAAAAGAGUUAAUGGAGAAAAUAAAAAUGUGAAUUCACGUGCCAAAGAAAUAAUUCGUUGAUCAUUAUAAAAUGAUAAAUUUUAGUGACGAAAAAAAAAAUUGUAAAUAUGAAAAAUAUAUCCUUGUCUUCAUGUAUUUUUUUUUGUUUUUAAAUUAUAAUACUCUGAGUGUACCUAUGUCGUGUAAAAAAAAAAAAAAAAACAACAAAAAAUGAAUCAGUUAAAUUUAUCAACAGAUUAAAAAUAACAAACUUGAUUAAUAUUCUUAAUAACUUUAUUAUUAAUCAUGUAACUGACAAAAAAAAAAUCAAAAAUAUAUAAAAUUUAAAUCGUGA